GGCCCCCGAGCUUCCUCCACUCACAUCCGCUGUGGGUCGCGGUCUAGUGUUGGAGAAGAGACUUUGUCAAAGUGCGGCGAUGUCAGUGCAGCUUGUGGCAGCGAAAAUGGCAGAGGUCGAACUCAAAGACGUGGCCGCCGCUAAACAACUAGCGGCCGACUCCCCGACGUCCCCAAUCUCGGCAGGACUCAGCCUGGCCAGAAACUAUCCACACGAGGCCGGUUCCUCCGUCACAGCGGAGCCCUCCGUCAAAGCCGGGGAAAGCAGCCCGGGGUUGCUCGCCCCCAACGCGGCCAAGAUGCCGCAGGCGUCGGCUAUGAAGCGGCCGGACCCCCAACAGAACGGCGGGGAGGCGUUUGUCAACCGUGACGGCACCGUCGCGGAGGCGCCGCGUUUGAAAAAGAUCCAGUUCGCAGACCAGAAGCAGGAGUUCAACAAGCGGCCCUCCAAGAUCGGCCGCCGCUCUCUGUCGCGUUCCAUUUCUCAGUCGUCCACAGACAGCUACAGCUCAGCGGCGUCAUACACAGACAGCUCCGACGAUGAGACGUCUCCCCGGGACAAACAGCAGAAAAACUCAAAGGGCAACAGCGACUUCUGUAUCAAAAACAUCAAGCAGGCCGACUUCGGACGACGAGAGAUUGAAAUAGCGGAGCAAGAGAUGCCAUCCCUCAUGGCUCUGAGGAAGCGAGCCCAGGGCGAGAAACCCUUGGCUGGUGCCAAGGUGGUGGGCUGCACCCACAUCACCGCCCAGACUGCUGUGUUGAUGGAGACUCUGUCAGCUCUGGGGGCUCAGUGCAGAUGGGCUGCCUGUAACAUCUACUCCACCCAAAAUGAAGUGGCAGCUGCCCUGGCAGAAGGAGGUUUCAGUGUGUUUGCAUGGAAAGGCGAGUCCGAGGACGACUUCUGGUGGUGCAUCGAUCGCUGUGUCAACGUGGAGGGCUGGCAGCCCAACAUGAUUUUGGAUGACGGCGGAGACUUGACUCACUGGAUCUACAAAAAAUACCCCAACAUGUUCAAGAAGAUCAAGGGCAUUGUGGAGGAGAGUGUUACUGGUGUGCACAGGCUCUACCAGCUAUCCAAGGCAGGGAAGCUGUGUGUCCCUGCCAUGAAUGUCAACGACUCUGUGACCAAGCAGAAGUUUGACAACCUCUACUGCUGCAGGGAGUCCAUCCUAGACGGCUUGAAGAGGACCACUGAUGUCAUGUUUGGAGGCAAGCAAGUGGUGGUGUGUGGAUAUGGAGAGGUGGGGAAAGGCUGCUGCGCUGCCCUCAAAGCAAUGGGCUCCAUCGUCUACGUCACAGAGAUCGACCCCAUCUGUGCCUUGCAGGCUUGCAUGGACGGCUUCCGGCUGGUCAAGCUCAAUGAAGUCAUAAGACAAGUGGACAUUGUCAUCACCUGCACAGGCAACAAGAACGUGGUGGUGCGAGAAAACCUGGACCGCAUGAAGAAUGGCUGUAUUGUCUGCAACAUGGGGCACUCUAACACAGAGAUCGACGUGGCGAGUCUGCGGACACCAGAGCUGACCUGGGAGAGAGUGCGCUCGCAGGUGGACCACGUCAUCUGGCCCGAUGGCAAGAGGAUAGUGCUGUUGGCCGAGGGUCGUCUGCUGAACCUCAGCUGUUCCACCGUUCCCACGUUUGUGCUCUCAAUAACAGCUACAACCCAGGCUCUGGCUCUGAUAGAGCUGUACAAUGCUCCAGAUGGACGCUACAAGCAGGAUGUGUAUCUGUUGCCCAAGAAGAUGGACGAGUAUGUGGCUAGUCUCCAUCUGCCCACCUUUGAUGCUCAUCUCACAGAGCUGAGUGACGAGCAGGCCAAGUAUCUUGGCUUGAAUAAGAACGGGCCCUUUAAGCCAAACUACUACAGAUAUUGAAGGUGCGUUAGAAGGUUGCCAUUCCGAAGGUUGACGGCGGCACACGGCAACAGACGGGACUCUAAAAGAGGCGGAGCUUGAUGGACAGGGGAGUCAACACACAUUUGUUUUAUUUCUUAAUGGGAGGAGUUUAAUUUAUUCCCACAUGACAAAGAUGAGUAAUCAUAAUUGACAAACUGAGGAGGAGCUGCUGCUGCGGAUAUUCGCCAGCAGCUGGCUCGCUCCGGUCAAGUCUUCCUCUGGAGGACAUUUAAUUUCCCUUCUUUUGCUCUCACGUCUUCUCCUCCCAUUGCUACCGUUUUAUUCUUCCAACUCCAGUUAGAAAUAAGGAAACAACUUGAUUUAAAAAAAAUAUAUAUAUAUAUAACACAGAUUUCCUCUCCUUUUUGUUGUCGUCUUCUUUUAUACUUGUUGUUUUCUUGUCGUGUAAUGGAGUAUUUCGGGGAGUAGGGGUGGUGUUUGGCUUACCUGCUCAGGUGCGGUCCAAUCAUAUCACAUGUUUUCUUUUCUUUUAAAUUUUUUUAAUACGCCCCAUGUACCAGACUGGACCCCAGCUGUCAAACGUCAGUAUUUUCACAAACAAGAAGUCACCGCAAUGUAUUUAAAGUUGUGAAAUCAUUAGAGUAGUAUAUUUAUACAGAACAUUUUUGUCUUUUCUCCAUUUCAUUGUCGCCAAGAGGCAAUGAAAUAUUGUCUGUGUAAUAAAUGUACUUCUAUGAAAACUGUGAUUAUAUUAAGAAAGAAACCAAACACGGAGUGAUCCGAAUGAACAACUCCAACUGUCUACAGAGCGGGAUCAAACCCUCGGACAUUCACGUGCAGUGCGGCGGCAGACUCAGCACAAGCUUGAUUGAAACACUAAUCACCCGAAUCAGCAACAAUGUUUGUGCUUUUCUGUCUUGGUGCUGUCUAGAAUUUUCCCUCCAGAGCGGGGGUGUCCAAAGUGCGGCUCGUUUUGUUUUCGCACAUUCUGAGGAAAUAAAAUGAGCGAGAUAUCUUAGCACAGCUGCUUUUCAUUAAGGGCCGCUUCUAACGGUGGAUGACAUAACAGUAAACAAUGCAAUUGAUUAGAUUUUUUUUUUUACAUACAAUGUAAACAAAAAAAGAAGCUAUUUACUAAAGGUGUGGGAAAAAUCGAUUCAAAUACGGAUCGCAAUUCUCACUUUGUGCGAUUCAGAAUCGAUUCUCUUUUUUUAUUUAUUUUAUUUAUUUUUUUUUUUUUUAAUCAAUCCAACAAAACAAUACACAGCAAUACCAUAACAAUGCAAUCCAAUUCCAAAACCAAACCUGACCCAGCAACACUCAGAACUGCAAUAAACAGAGCAAUUGAGAGGAGACACAAACACGACACAGAACAAACCAAAAGUAGUGAAACAAAAAUGAAUAUUAUCAACAACAGUAUCAAUAUUAGUUAUAAUUUCAGCAUAGCAGUGAUUAAAAAUCCCUCAUUGACAUUAUCAUUAGACAUUUAUAAAAAUAAAAACAAAGAACAAUAGUGUCACAGUGGCUUACACUUGCAUGGCAUCUCAUAAGCUUGACAACACACUGUGUCCAAUGUUUUCACAAAGAUAAAAUAAGUCAUAUUUUUGGUUCGUUUAAUAGUUAAAACAAAUUUACAUUAUUGCAAUCAGUUGAUAAAACAUUGUCCUUUACAAUUAUAAAAGCUUUUUUUUUUAAAUCUACUCUGCUAGCAUGUCAGCAAACUGGGGUAGAUCCUGCUGAAAUAUAUGUAUUGAAUGAAUACAGAAUAGUUUUGAAUCGGAAAAUAUCGUUUUUGAAUCGAGAAUCGCGUUGAAUCAAAAAAAUCGAUAUAUAAUUGAAUCGAUAUUGUAUGGAAUCGUGGGACACCCAAAGAUUCGCAGCCCUUUUAUUUACAGUAAAAACUGUCAGCUCAGUUGCAAGAAUUUUAUCGUAAAAUUCAUUCAAUUUACAGCAAAAGCAGUACCGUGUUUUAAAAGUAAAACAAUUUUUUUGGGAAUCUGUAUUCAUGUUUUUGUUACUAUAAAUGGAAAACUGUUUUUUUUUCUACGGUAAAAUUUUGCCAACUGAACUGCCAUUUUUACCGUAAAACUGUACAUUUUACUGUAAAUUGCAGAACGGUACAGCAUUUUUUUUUCCAGUAAGAAACUGGCUCAGUUGCCAGAAUUUUAUCGUCAAAAACAGUUACUGUUUUUUUUAUUUUUCCAAGUAAAAUGCUGUAAAAACCUCAUUAAAUCUCACAAACAGUACCGCUGUUUUUUGUUUAGUUUUUUAUGAUUAAUAACUGACAGCUCAGUUGCCUAUUUUUUUUGUUAUUGUAAAUAAAAAAGUGAUUUUUUUUGUGGUAAAAUUCUGUCAACUGAAAUGUCAGUUUUUUUACUGUAAAAACUGUAAAUUUUGCAGGAAAUAGCAAAAGGGUACCACAGUUAUUUUAAGUAAAAGAAACUGGCGUCUUAGUUGCCAUAAUUUUAUCAUUAAAACAAUGAUACUCUUAUAAAUGUCACAAUUUUACUGUAAAAUAAAUUUUUACAGUGUUUGCUGGAUAACUUGCUUGAAUCAUAAGUCAAAGUAUUUAUCUCUAGAUUUGACAAAAAACGUUUGAUUUGUAUGAUAAAACAUUUGUUGCAUUAUUAGAUCAUUUUUAUGUUUAAAAACUAUGGGAAUGCAUGGAGUACAUGUGUUUUUUCUGUCAAAAUGGAAGAAAUUAAUACAUUUAGUAAGAAAAAAAAAUGGUCGAUUUUAUGUUAGAAAACUGGCAGCUCAGUUGCCAGAAUUUUAUCGUCAAAUACAGUUACUGUUUUUUUUAUUUUUCCAAGUUAAAAUGCUGUAAAAACCUCAUGAAAUCUCACAAACAAUACAGCUGUUUUUUGUUUUGUUUUUUAUGAUAAAAAACUGACAGCUCAGUUGCCUAUUUUUUUUGUUAUUGUAAAUAAAAAAGUGAUUUUUUUUUUUUUUGUGGUAAAAUUCUGCCAACUGAAAUGUCAGUUUUUUACUGUAAAAACUGUAGAUUUAGCAGGAAAUCGCAAAACUGUACCACAGUUAUUUUAACUAAAAGAAACUGGCAUCUUAGUUGCCAUAAUUUUAUCAUUAAAACAAUGUUACUGCUAUAAAUGUCACAAUUUAACUGUAAAACACAUUUUUACAGUGUUUGCUGGAUAACUUGCUUGAAUCAUAAGUCAAAGUAUUUAUCUCUAGAUUUGACAAAAAACGUUUGAUUUGUAUGAUAAAACAUUUGUUGCAUUAUUAGAUCAUUUUUAUGUUUAAAAAAUGUAUUUUUUUCCGUCAAAAUAGAAGAAAUUAAUACAUGUAGUAAGAAAUAAAAAUCGGUCGAUCUUAUGUUAGAAAACUGGCAGCUCAGUCGCAAGAAUUUUACCGUGAAAUUCAUGGUGUUUUUACAGCAUUGUACUGUAAAUGGAAUAACAGUACGGCUGUGUUUUUAAAGUAAGAAACUGUCUUCUCAGUUAGUUAAUUCUUAUGUAUUUUUUGUUACUGUAAAUAGUAAACUGCUUUUUACGGUAAAAUUCUGCCAACUGAACUGCCAGUUGUUACUGUAAAAACUGUACAUUUUAAAUAUUACUGUAAACUGCAAAAUGGUACUACACUUUUUUACAGUAAGAAACUGGCAGCUCAGUUGCCAGAAUUUUAUCGUCAAAAAACAAUUUUUUUUUUUCAAUUUUUCAAAUCAGAAUGCUGUAAAAAUCACAUUACAUUUCACAAACGAUACCGCUGUUUUUCACAAUAAAAGACUGUCAGUUUUUUGUUACUGUAAAUUAAAAAAUGCAUUUUUACAGUAAAAUUCCGCGAACUGAACCGCAAGUCCUUACUAUAAAAACAACUGUAGAUUUUGCUGUAAAAUAUAUUGUCAUUUUGAGUUUGCUGCAAGCAAAGUAUUUAUUUAUUGACAAAAAAGGUGGAUUUGUAUGGUAAAACAUCGUUCCCUCCAUCCAUUUUCUACCGCUUGUCCCUUUUGGGGUGGCGGGGGGUGCUGCAGCCUAUUUGUUGCAUUAUUACAUAAUAUUGACGUUUAAAAACUAUGCGAUUUCAUGGAGUACAUGUAUUUUUUUCUGACAAAAUUUGAAAAAACUAAUACAUUUAAUAAGAAAAGAAAAACAAUCUGUAGAUUUUACGGUAGAAAACUGGCAGCUGAGUCGCAAUAAUUUUACCGUAGAAUUCAUGGUGUUUUUACAGCAUUGUACUGUAAAUGAAAAAACAGUAUUGCUAUGUUUUUAAAGUAAUAAACUGUCAUCUGUUUGCAAUAUUUUAUUUUUUGUUACUGUAAAUCGUAAACUGCUUUUUACUGUACAAUUCUGCCAAUUGAAGUGCCAUUUUUACUGUAAAAACAACUGCACAUGUUACAUAUUACUGUAAACUGUAAAAUGGUACUACAGUUUUUUACAAUUAGAAACUGGCAGCUCAAUUUUAUCGUCAAAAAACAGUUAGUGUUUUCCAUUUUUCAAAUCAAAAUGCUGUAAAAAUCGCAUAUUUCACAAACAGUACUGCUGUUUUUCACAAUAAGACUGACAAAAAACUGUUGUUACAGUAAAUAAAAAAUAAAAACACAUUUUUAGGGUAUAAUUCCGCCAACUAAACUGCCAGUUUUUACCGUAAAAACUACUGUAGACUUUAUUGCAUAUAGAAAAACAGUACCACAGUUUUUUAGUAAAGAAAAGUGGCAUCUCUCAAUUGUCAGAAUUUUAGCAUCAAAAUUUUUUUGGGCCAUUUUCAGUAAACUGCUGUAAAUAAAACCACAUACAAAUUAACUGUAAAAUAUGUUGUCAUAUUUAGUGUAUGCUAUUGUCAUAUUUCUAUUUUGACAAAGAACAGUGUUUGUGUAUGACAACAUGUGAUGCAUUAUUACAUAAUAUUGACGUUUAAAAACUAUGCAAUUGCAUGAAAUUCAUGUAUUUUUUCUGUCAAAAUGGAAAAAAACUAAUACAUUUAUUAACCAAAGGAAAAAAAUCAGACUCAGUCGCAGGAAUUUUACCAUAAAAUUUAUGGUGUUUUUUACAGUAUUUUACUGUAAAUAGAAAAACAUUACUGCUGUGUUUUUAAAGUAAUAAAGCUGUCAUCUCAGUUUGCAAAUUUUAAGGUAUUCUUUGUUACUUUAAAUAGUCAACUUUUUUGUACGGUAAAAUUCUGCCUACUGAAGUGCCAGUUUUUACCGUAAAAACAAAUGUACAUUUUACAUAUUACUGUAAAUGGUGAAAUAGUUCUACGUUUUUUUUUACAGUAACAAAAACUGACAGCUCAGUUGCCAGAAUCUUGUCAUCUAAAAACAGUUUAUUCCAUUUUUCAAAUCAAAUGCUGUAAAAAUCAUAUUACAUUUUACAAACAGUAUCGCUGUUUUUCCACAAUAAAAGACUGUCAGCUCGUUUGCCAAGUUUUUUUAUUACUGUAAAUUAAAAAAUAAUUUUUACGGUAAAAUUCCGCCAACUAAACUGCCGGUUUUUACUGUAAAAACUUUAGAUUUUACUGUAAAUAGCAAAACGGUACUGGAGUUUUUAAGUUUAAAAAAAAGGCAUCUGAGUCAAAAAAAAUUGUUACUCUUUUUUCCAUUUACAGUAAAAUGCAAUAAAAUAAAAUAAAAAUAUCCACUUUUACUGUGAAAUAUGUUGUCAUUUAUAGCGUUCGCUGCAAGCAAAAUUUUUAUUUUGAUUAAAAAUGUAGGCUAAAAUAUUUGUUGCAUCGUGAGAUUAGAUACAUAUUUCUGAAAAUUGCAGAAUGGUACUACAGUUUUUUUUUACAGUAAGAAACUAGCAGCUCAGUUGCCAGAAUUUUAUUGUCAAACAUUUUUUUUCCAUUUUUCAAAUCAAAAUGCUGUAAAAAAAAUUACAUUACAUUUCAGAAACAGUACCGCUGUUUUUCACAAUAAGACUGACAAUUUUUUUUAUUACUGUAUGAAAAAAAAUUACAAAAUUUACGUUAAAAUUCCGCCAAUUGAACUGCCAGUUUUCACCAUAAAGACUGUAGAUUUUACUGUAAAUAGCAAAACGGUACUAAAGUUCUUAAGUAAAAAAAAAAAAAAGGCAUCUCAGUCAAAAAAAUGUGUUACUCUUUUUUCCAUUUACAGUAAAAUGCUAUAAAAUAAAAACAUUCACUUUUACUGUGAAAUAUAUAUUUCAUUUAUAGUGUUCGCUGCAAGCAAAAUAUUUAUUUCUAUUUUGACAAAAAAAAAAUGUUUGAUUUGUACGAUAAAACAUUUGUUGCAUUAUUAGAUUACAUACAUAUUUCUGAAAAUUGCAAAAUGGUACUACAGUUUUUUUUUACAAUAAGAAACUGGCAACUCAGUUGCCAGAAUCUUAUGGUCAAACAUUUUCUUCCAUUUUUCAAAUCAAAAUGCUGUAAAAAAAAAAAAAAAAACAUCACAUUUCACAAACAAUACUGCUGUUUUUCACAGUAAAAGACUGACAAUUUUUUUGAUUACUGUAUGAAAAAAAAAAAAAGUAUGUUAAAAUUCCGCCAACUGAACUGCCAGUUUUCACUGUAAAGACUGUAGAUUUUACUGUAAAUAGCAAAACGGUACUAAAGUUCUUAAGUAAAAAAAAAAAGGCAUCUCAAGUCAAAAAAAUGUGUUACUCUUUUUUCCAUUUACAGUAAAAUGCUAUAAAAAAACUUCUACUUUUACUUUAAAAUAUAUUGUCAUUUAUAGUGUUUGCUGCAAGCAAAAUAUUUAUUUUUAUUUUGACCCCAAAAAAAUGUUUGAUUUGUACAAUAAAAUAUUUGUUGCAUUAUUAGAUUACAUGAAUAUUUCUGAAAAUUGCAAAAUGAAUCUACAGUUUUUUUUUACAGUAAGAAACUGGCAACUCAGUUGCCAGAAUUUUGAAAUCAAAAUGCUGAAAGAAAUUACAUUUUUUAUUUCACAAUAUUAGCGCUGUUUUUCACAAUAAAAGACUGACCAUUUUUUGUAUUACUGUAUGAAAAAAAUAAACAUUUUACGUUAAAAUUCCGCCAACUGAACUGCCAGUUUUCACCGUAAAGACUGUAGAUUUUACUGUAAAUAGCAAAACGGUACCAGUUUUUAAGGGGAAAAAAGGCAUCUUAUUUGCCAGAAUUUUAUCAUCAAAAACAUUUUUUUUUCAUUUACAGUAAAAUGCUGUAAAUAAAAACACGUAACAAUUUUACUGUAAAAUAUAUUGUCAUUAUAGUGUUUGCUGCAAGCACAGUAUUUAUUUCUAUUUUGACAAAAAAAAAAGGUUUGAUUUGCACAAUAAAAUAUUUGUUGCAUUAUUAGAUUACAUAAAUAUUUCUGAAAAUUGCAAAAUGAAUCUACAGGGUUUUUUUUACAGUAAGAAACUGGCAGCUCAGUUUCCAGAAUUUUGAAAUCAAAGAAAGAAAUUGCAUUUUAUUUCACAAACAUUACCGCUGUUUUUCACAAUAAAAGACUGACCAUUUUUUUUAUUACUGUAUGAAAAAAAACCUUUUUACGUUAAAAUUCCGCCAACUGAACUGCCAGUUUUCACCGUAAAGACUGUAGAUUUUACUGUAAAUAGCAAAACGGUACCAGUUUUUAAGGAAAAAAAAAGGCAUCUUAUUUGCCAGAAUUUUAUCAUCAAAAACAUUUUUUUUCAUUUACAGUGAAAUGCUGUAAAUAAAAACACGUAACAAUUUUAAUGUUAAAUAUAUUGUCAUUUCUUGUGUUUGCUGCAAGCACAGUAUUUAUUUCUAUUUUGCCAAAAAAAAGGUUUGAUUUGUACGAUAAAAUAUUUGUUGCAUUAUUAGAUUACAUAAAUAUUUCUGAAAAUUGCAAAAUUAAUCUACAGUUUUUUUUUUUACAGUAAGAAACUUGCAGCUCAGUUGCCAGAAUUUUGAAAUCAAAAUGCUGAAAGAAAUUACAUUUUAUUUCACAAACAUUACCGCUGUUUUUCACAAUAAAAGACUGACCUUUUUUUUUUAUUACUGUAUGAAAAAAUUAUUUUUUUACAUUAAAAUUCCGCCAACUGCAUUACCAGUUUUCACCGUAAAGACUGUAGAUUUUACUGUAAAUAACAAAACGGUACUAGAGUUUUUAAGUAAAAAAAAAUGGCAUCUCAGUCAAAAAUCAUUGUUACUCUUUUUUCCAUUUACAGUAAAAUGCUAUAAAAUAAAACAUCCACUUUUACUGUAAAAUAUAUUGAAAGCAAUUACAUUUUAUUUCACAAACAUUACCGCUGUUUUUCACAAUAAAAGACUCACCUUUUUUUUUUUAUUACUGUAUGAAAAAAAAAAGAAAAUUACGUUAAAAUUCCGCCAACUGAACUGCCAGUUUUCACCGUAAAGACUGUAGAUUUUACUGUAAAUACCAAAACGGUACCAGUUUUUAAGGGAAAAAAAAGGCAUCUUAUUUGCCAGAAUUUUAUCGUCAAAAACAUUUUUUAUUUAUUUACAGUAUAAUGCUGUAAAUAAAAACACGUAACAAUUUUAUUGUUAAAUAUAUUGUCAUUAUUUGUGUUUGCUGCAAGCAAAGUAUUUAUUUCUAUUUUGACAUUACUAGAUGGAUGUAUUUUUUUCUGUCAAAAUGGAAAAAACAAAUUUAGUAAGAAAAGAUAAAGUACUUCAUUGAGACAUUUUAUUUCCAAGCUUUCGGGGGCCAAAUAAAAUGUGGCCCCAGGCCUUGAGUUUGACAACAUAUAUGGACUUUGUCGGGAUUUCUUUUAUGUACUAAAUGUGUCAAAGUGACCCUCGGUGGAACAGUUUCGACCCCCCUGUUCUGGAGUUAGUGUGCGUGUGCGUGUGUGCGUGUGUGUGUGUGUGUGUGUGUGUGUGUGUGUGUGUGUGUGUGUGUGUGUGUGUGUGUGUGUGUGUGUGUGUGUGUGUGCGCGCGCGCGCUUUUUGAACAGCUGCCUCAGGAUCCCAGCCUUGAGUGUGGGAUAUACUUUUUUUUCAGUUAUUGCAAGACGGGGAUGACACCAGCAUGGUUGAUGUAUGACACAUACAUGCCAAAUGUUGAUUUGAAAUUAGAAUGACACAAAAAAAAUCAUCUCCUGUAUUUAUUGUUGUAAAUCCUCCGACAUGUUUUAAGUUGUCUAAUGAAAAAUAUUGCAACAACGUGGUAGAUGAUGAGCAAUAAUCUGUAAUCUCCAAUAAAGAUGUACAAAAGGUU